CGUCUCAGCCUCGCCCCUUCUCUCGACCUUCACUCGUCCAUGUCCGACAACAUCAUAACAAUUACUUCCGACUGCUCUGCUACAUACUCCUAUCCACCGGCCGCUCGCGGCUUCCUCAACACCCCCGAACACUGAACUUAUACACCUUUCCCGCUUGGAUCCGCUUUCUCUGUUUAAAGAGGGUGGUACCCAACCAGACUGUCCAACUAUAGACGACCGCUCACGCCCUUCUACUACGGAGACAUAGGCCACCAUGUCUACAUUCCAGGCCGUUAAUACCACAACACAUACGGUGCCCAAAUCUCCGCUUCAUAUUGCUGCCGGAGAAACCACUCCGACUACCCCUCGUCCUGGUCACUUCUUUCCAAAGGAGAGGCCUGUUUCGGAGAUGACACCUGAUGAAUCGACUGUCAAGACACCGACUCGCGAUAGCUUUGGUGGUUUGGCUAGCCAACGCCCACUGCCUACAGAACCACUUGUCGCUCAGAAAGAUCGUUCCAUGAGUCCAAGUAAAGGAAGAGUCGAGCCGAAACGCACAAACUCACACCAAUCUGCAAAGUCUGCGCAGUCUGAAGAUAUUGAGAUGGGUGGCGAGGAUGAGGACGGGGUGUCAGAUGAUGAAAGCGACCCUAGUGAUGGAAACAAGGCAUCGCGAAAGAAGAAGAGCCAGAAGUUCUACUGUAAAGACUUCCCUCCGUGUCAGCUCAGUUUCACCAGGAGUGAGCACCUCGCUCGACACAUCCGAAAACAUACUGGGGAGCGACCGUUCCAAUGUCAUUGUUCGAGACGAUUUUCACGGCUUGACAACCUACGACAGCAUGCACAAACCGUACACGUCAACGAAGAUAUCCCGAACGACUCUCUCGCUGCCACUGGUACACGCUUUCAACGUCAAGUUAGGACUGAUCGAGUGAGACCUGCUCAUAAUCGCUCGCGCGCGUCCACCAUGGGGAGUCAAGGGGGUCACAGCCGGGGACACAUCAGGAACCUCUCAACUUCGAGUAUCGCAUCGACUGCUUCUAGCAUAAGUACGAUAAGUAACCGCGAUGACUCUUUUGGACGAAGAAGACCUCCGCCGUUGGCCAUGGCAAAUGAUGCGACAGCGAGAGCGAGACUUUCUUUGGACACGUUUAACCCACCUCUUAUGGGCAGCCCAGGUCCGACGUUCCAGACCUAUGGCAACCAGUCUCCCAGUACGAUGGGAACGCCUAGUUCGGCCACAUAUUCGAAUGAGAGUCCAAGAUUCUCGUCGAGUGCUGCUUCACCUGCUGUGACGAAUGCAAGACCUCUGACGUGGGCUGGCACUCCUCCGAGUCACCAUGCCAGGCGCCUUUCUGUUCCGACCGGUGUGAAUCCAUUCCAGGGACCACCAGCGGGGAGUCAAUAUCCACCUCCCUACAUUAGUCCUUUGCCAUCUUCUACGUCAUCGUCAUUCAUACACACUUCCAGCCAGGUUACAAGCCCUACGAGCUCGGUCUUCUCAGACCGUAGAGAUUCAAAUGCAAGCGAACAAGACUGGAGAAGACGUACUUGGCACCCAAGUACAAUGAAUCAAGCCCAAACCAGACCUGGCACUAGUGGCCUGAGCUAUUCUCAAACACCAGAGGCUUCUCAAUCGUCUGGACCUAUCCAGCCUGGUGGUGCCGUUCAGACCACAAGGCUGCCUGGCAUUGAGAGCUUCGACCACGCACCGCCUUCAUUGAUACCGCGUCGCCAACCCAGUCCAAUGGAAGUCGAUGCACCAGGUCGCAGUCUCGCGCCCCCCUUCGAUCCAUCGAGGCGCCGUCCAGAGGAACGUCGGAAUCACCAUUCCGUCGAUCUUUCAAUACAACGAGGCAUCCGUGGUCUGAAUAUAGCAAAUGCACCUACAUCUCAUGGCUGGCAUGAGUCUAAUUCUUACCCGAGACCAGCUGCUGGACCAAGACCGACGACUGCUCCUCAUUCCGGCUUCGUUCCACAUCCUAUCCAUGCCGCGCCUCCUCCUCCAAUGCCUCCUCAUAACACCUAUCGAGAACCAGAAUCAAGACCAGGUGACCCUCCGGCGACUCCUAAACGGCUGAAGCGUCAAGGCUGGUACAACGGACCCAUACCAUCUCAAGCACCCCCACCAGCAUAUCUUCCACAGCGCCCCUCUCCAGAAGGCUCAAGUAGUAGUGAAGGUGUUCCUACUCCUUCUACAACUACCCUCGCUGAGUAUCACCCGGCGAUUGUUCAUAGUAGCGGGUACAUUGAGUCUUACCCCCAAGCAGCCCACCUGGAGGAUCAGAGGAAAAGCAUGCAUUCUUACGGCUCAGAUCGGCCUACUCUAGCCCCCGCAUUCAAUCACCCACCCACUGCACAUUCUACACCGCUUCCAUCACGAUCUGAGGCACCUCCAAUGCAGACUGGCUUGGGAAUGGCACAGCCCGACCAGCAUCCGUCCACCGACUUGCGCCGACUGGAGGCUCUAGUGGCAGUCGCUACUGGGGACCAAUCCACUACAGCCAUCAAGAGGCAGCAUUGACUGACUAGACCUUGCGAUACAUUAUAUGCCUCAACCUGACCGAUCGCUCACUUUCCUCCACCAAAUAUCAAAUGCUAACGAUCAUUUCUGUAUACGGAUGA